AUGGCCGAACUAGUCGACAAGGCACCCGAGCUGCCUCCCCCAUUCGUAAACGUAACAGGCAUCGCCAACUUCCGCGACAUUGGCGGCUACAGCACAUCCUCGGAACAGCAACAAUCCAUCCGCUCAGGUCUCGUCUACCGAUGCGCCGACCCCACCAAAGUCCAACCCGAUGGCCUCGCGAAACUCAAAGAGCUGGGAGUGAAGAAGGUCUUUGACUUGCGCAGUGUCCCCGAGAUCUCCAAGCAAGGGCCCGAAUGGGCUGGUAUUGAGAGGAUAUGGUGUCCGGUGUUCAAGGAUACUGACUACGGGCCUGAGCAAGUAGCCAUCAGGUUCCAGUACUAUGCGAGCGGCAGUGAGCCACAACAGGGUUUCGUAAAAGCAUACUCAGACAUCAUGACACACGGCAAAACCGCAUACAAAACCAUCCUCACGCAUCUGGCUCAACCAAACCCUUCUCCGUGUAUAAUCCACUGCACGGCAGGAAAAGACCGCACAGGCAUUAUAGUCGCUCUCUUGUAUCUCCUCUGCUAUGUGCCCUCCGACACAGUUGCUAAAGAAUACUCCCUUACCGAUACUGGACUACAGCACAUGGUGCCUUUGUUCACCGAACGCUUGCUCAAGAAUCCUGCUCUAAAGGGUAGCGCCGAGGGAAUCAAGGAGAUGAUCUCUGCUCAACCAGACAAGAUGAUGGCCACCAUUGACAUGAUUCAGCGUGUUUAUGGUAGUGCAGAGGGCUAUGUCAAGGAUGUGGUGGGCUUGAAUGAUGAACAGAUUGCGCAGAUCAGGAAGAAUCUUUUAUCGGACGAGAAGGCUGUCUUUUAG